AUGGGACUUACCAAUGGCGGCAGUAGCACGAACGUGAACCAAUGCUGGAACGUUAACGAAACGGACACUAUUGGCCAAAGUAUCAACCAGGGUGUACAUAACAACGAAACCAAGACCGAGAUUGAAAACGUCACCGAGAACAUUAAGAAUAACGAAACCCAAGUUGAGGACGUCAGCGAAGAUGAUGGAAACAACGAGACCAAUAGCAAAACCGAGGAAGAGACUGAGAGCACAAGCGAAGUCAAUACGAUGGAGAACGAAAGUCAAAACAAUAUAGUCAAUGGAACUGAAUGUGAGAACACCAGUGAAAACGAUAAGAAAAACGCGCCCGAGAUAGUGAGUAAAGAUGAGGCCGUCAGCGAAGACGAUAAAAAGAACGGGACGAAAAGCGAAAGCGAAAGUAUUAGCAAGACAGAGACUGGGAUCAAGAGCAUAAGCGAAGUCAGUGAAAAGGAUAAGGGGGCCGAGAUUGAUAGCGAAACCCAAAACAAUAUACUCAAUGGAACUGAAAGUGAAGCUACCAACGAAAACGAUCAGAACGACGUGGCCGAGAUAGUGAGUAGAGAAGACUACAUUAGAAAAGACGAUAAAAAGAACGGGACGAAAAGCGAAAGCGAAGGUAUCAGAAACACAUUGAAUGCGACCGAGAGCAUAAACGAAGUCAGUAGCAAUAGCAGUCAGAUUGGUAGCGAAAGCCAAAACAAUAUACUCAACGGAACUGAAAGUGAGAACACCAGUGAAAACGAUAAGAAAAACGCGCCCGAGAUAGUGAGUAAAGAUAAGGCCGUCAGCGAAGACGAUAAAAAGAACGGGACGAAAAGCGAAAGCGAAGGUAGUAGCAAGACAAAGAAUGGGACCGAGAGCAUAAGCGAAGUCAGUGAAAAGGAUAAGGGAGCCGAGAUUGGCAGCGAAACCCAAAACAAUAUACUCAACGGAACGGAAAGUGAGAACACCAGUGAAAACGAUAAGAAAAAUGCGACCGAGAUAGUGAGUAAGGAUGAGGCCGUCAGCGAAGACGAUAAAAAAAACGGGACCAAAAGCGAAAGCGAAGGUAUUAUUAGCAAGACAAAGAAUGAGACCAAGAGUAUAAGCGAAGCUAAUGACAAGGAUAAGGAUAAAGGGGCUGAAAUUGAUAGCGAAAGCCUAAACAAUAUAGUCAAUGGAACUGAAAGUGAAGUUACCAACGAAAACGAUCAGAACGACGUGGUCGAGAUAGUGAGUAAAGAUGAGGCCGUCAGCGAAGACGAUAAAAAGAACGGGACGAAAAGCGAAAGCGAAGGUAUUAGCAAGUCAGAGAAUGGGACUGAGAGCAUAAGCGAAGUCAGUGAAAAGGAUAAGGGGGCCAAGAUUGAUAGCGAAACCCAAAACAAUAUAUUCAAUGGAACUGAAAGUGAAGUUAUCAACGAAAACGAUCAGAACGACGUGGCCGAGAUAGUGAGUAGAGAUGAUUACAUUAGAGAAGACGAUAAAAAGAACGGGACGAAAAGCGAAAGCGAAGGUAUCAGCAACACAUUGAAUGCGACCGAGAGCAUAAACGAAGUCAGUAGCAAUAGCAGUCAGAUUGGUAGCGAAACCCAAAACAAUAUACUCAAUGGAACUGAAAGUGAGAACACCAGUGAAAACGAUAAGAAAAACGCGACCGAGAUAGUGAGUAAAGAUGAGGCCGUCAGCGAAGACGAUAAAAAGAACGGGACCAAAAGCGAAAGCGAAGGUAUUAGCAAGACAAAGAAUGGGACCGAGAGCAUAAGCGAAGUCAGUGAAAAGGAUAAGGGGGCCGAGAUUGGUAGCGAAACCCAAAACAAUAUACUCAACGGAACUGAAAGUGAGAACACCAAUGAAAACGAUAAGAAAAAUGCGACCGAGAUAGUGAGUAAAGAUGAGGCCGUCAGCGAAGACGAUAAAAAGAACGGGACCAAAAGCGAAAGCGAAGGUAUUAUUAGCAAGACAAAGAAUGAGACCAAGAGUAUAAGCGAAGCUAAUGACAAGGAUAAGGAUAAAGGGGCUGAAAUUGAUAGCGAAAGCCAAAACAAUAUAGUCAAUGGAACUGAAAGUGAGAACACCAGUGAAAACGAUAAGAAAAACGCGACCGAGAUAGUGAGUAAAGAUGAGGCCGUCAGCGAAGAUGAUAAAAAGAAUGGGACCAAAAGCGAAAGUGAAGGUAUUAGCAAGACAGAGAAUGGUACCGAGAGCAUAGGCGAAGUUAAUGAAAAGGAUAAGCUCAAAGCGGCCGAGAUUGAUAGCGAAAGCCAAAACAAUAUAGUCAAUGGAUCUGAAAGUGGGAACGCCAACGAGAACGAGAAGAACAACGCGACCGAGAUAGUGAGUAGAGAUGAGGACGUCAAUGAAGCCAAUCAAAAGAAUGAGACCAAAAGCGGAAGCGAAGGCGAGGUAGGUAACGAAACCGAUAAGAAUAAUGGGAACGAAAAUAACAGCACAGAUAUCAGCAAGACAAAGAAUGAGACCAAGAGUAUAAGCGAAGCUAAUGAUAAGGAUAAAGAUAAAGGGGCUGAAAUUGAUAGUGAAAGCCAAAACAAUAAACUCAACGGAACUGAAAGUGAGAACACCAGUGAAAACGAUAAGAAUAACGCGACCGACAUAGUGAGUACUGAUGAGGCCGUCAGCGAAGACGAUAAAAACAACGGGACCAAAAGCGAAAGCGAAGGUAUUAAUGAAACAGAGAAUGGGACCGACAGCACAGGCGAAAUCAAUGAAAAUGAUAAGGACAAGGCGGCCAAGCCUAAGAGCGAAAGCCAAGACAAUAAACUCAAUGCGCCUGAAAGUGGGAACGCCAACGAGAACGAUAAGAACGAUGCGACCGAGGGAGUGUGUAAAGAGGACGACGAAACCGAGAACGACGGAGUGUGUGACAUAAGCAUCGAUAAUUGUGAUGACGACAGUGAUGCAAAGGAAGAUGAUGCAUAA